AGAUUUUACUACAAGAGUCCUGUGAGGAGGCAAAGAGGCUCUGUGAAGAGGCCCAUGAGAAGAUCUAUGACCUCUGGACAAGGCAGCUGCAGGAACAGCAAAGACUUGAGGAAAAUCUUUGGUCCCUGAUGAAGCAGAAGGAGCUGCUCACCAGGCAAAGGGACUUGGCAGUAAAGCUGCAGCAUCACUUCACUGUGUCCCAGAUGAGGUUUGAAAACCUCCAGCAGGAACUGGAGCAGACCACAGCCCAGGAAGAGAGCCUCCUGCAGAUGGAGCUGCUGGGCAGAAACACUAUGUUCCAGGCAAGUAAGCCACCAUUGAGUCCCAUCCCCAGCAGCCAGGGUGUUCAUGGGGUGUGUUUUCUUCCUUAACUUUUGUUUACUAGGGAUGAAUAGGCCCUGAUUGUUCUUGACAGUGGCACAGCAAAACUGUUUCUAAAUCCUAUUUUCUUUACCAAUUUUGCCUGACAGCACCUCUUCAGAAAACUGAGAAGGCUGGAAGAAGCCAGAGACACCUUGAAGGCAUGACAUUCUACACUCCAGGUUCACAGCCUCCUCAGAAAAUGCCACCUCUUUUCAGCUGUGAACUCACUAGUGAGGCAAAUAUCAACCUACCAUCAGGCCAUCCAGCCACAAUCUGAUCCACAUCACUAUUCCCAGAGAAAAGAUUGUAUCAGAAAUAGUCUGAGAUUCAGAGGACAUAUCACAAAUUACUAAGACCCUGACAUCCAUCAGCACGUGGCCCCAGUGAGGGGCAAAACAACAUGGAAGAGGACAUGUGGGUGAGCAAGAGUUCUUCUGUAGACUUACUAUCAAGGGCUUUGACAAGCUGACUCCAUAUGUGAUGGAAAUCUGACAAGGAAGACUGUGUUAACAUCACACUGCCAUCCAGACAGACCACACCCAAAGCAUAAGAUUCUCUAGUGCAGUGCUGAAGCUGAUGCCAUGUCAUGUGCUAGUGUUGCUGAAGAUAAUUCACUGCAGAGAAUAAGCCAGUUCCUCACCUCAUUUGCUCUUCCAUAAUGAAAUUCCAAAUGAUCCUGAAAUUUGCUUAAUUUUUUUUGUUAUAUGUUGGGAUAUUUAUGCUUUGGAUUUUGGUUUUCUUCAUUUUGGUUUAAGGUUUUGUUAAUUAUUGUUAUUUCUUUUAUUCUUGUCACUGUUUUAAUAGUUUGCUAAGGCUAUACAUUGUAUAUAAGGACUGCUGUUUUGAA